AUGAGCCAGAGUUACAUCCCUACUUUGUACAUGGAGAUUUAUGGGAGUCUUUCAAGGACUGGAGUGCGUAUGGUGCAUGGGUCACAAAAUGGGAGUGACUCUGUUAUGUACUAUGUUCCUUAUUUGUCUGCUAUUCAGCUCUAUGUAGACCCAUCAAAGCCCUCCACAAGAAUAAGCUGCUAA